GUUUUCCUCAGAUCUGUGAGUGAUGGAGGAGAGCAGUUUGACCCAGAGCUUUCACAGACCCAGCUUCAGCUCUCUCAUAGGAAUGUGUGUAUUUACAGCCAGUCGGACGGGGAGGAAGCGAAAGCUGCCGAGUGAGAGAGAACUUCAGGAUGCUGCUAUAAACCUGAUCACACACAACCAGGACAUCAGCGCUCUACUGCUGGAGACCACCUCAGGUUGUGGCAGUACCACACUGAGCUGUGAGGUGAGUUCAGCAGGUACAGACGGGAUGUGGAAGCAUGAUGGACAGAUCAGACUGAUCGAGAGUGAGCUGUGCAGACAGGCGGAGACGUUGUGUGUACCCGUCUCUCUGCUCUCGGUGAGGAUGGUGGUGGAAACACUCGUGAGUUUACAUGGAUCUCCACACUCGACCAUGAUUGACUCUGCCCACAGGGUUAAGCUCAUGACGUUACUGCGUUCUGCUCGUGAGCUGCUGAAUGUUGGAGCUUUUAGCCCCAAACUCUUCUGGCAGGAGUACUGGAAAACACAGCCUGUCCUGGAAGUUCUGUACCGUCUACACACUGAGGACCUGCUUCCACUGGAACACACACUGAACAGUGCUGGUGUGGCUGUGUGGUUAGUAUCUCAGUUCCAGUCUCUGUGUGGAUCUGCUCUGAUGGAGGAAGAUGAAGAGCUCCGUCAUCACAUGCUCUCCACGGUGGUGUGUGUAUUGGUUCGUGCUGGGUUCGAGGAUAAUCAGGACUCCUGCGUGUCCCAAACCUGCUGUUUGGUUCUGGACACCAUGCUCACCUGGUUACUGGAUUCACUGGAGGAGACACACCCCACACCCACUGGUGAACAGCCACCACAACCUGUACCAGCGGCAGCAGUUUGGCUCGGUGUGUUUGACGUGGCGCUGUACGCUGCGUCCGUGUCCGAAGACGCUGUGCGCAAGUUCUUUACACACACACUCACACGCAUUCUCACACACCAUCCCCGACUCAAAGUAUCAGAAGCUGUUGAGAUGCAGAGUCAGUGGAGUUUUGCUAAGACCUCUCGCUCCCUGGCGUCUCUGUACUGUAAGGUGUGUGUGAUGUUCAGGAUGGAGGAGGUGUGUUCUCACCUGCAGCAGGUGCUGGAGACCCUUGAAGUAAACUGGCAGCACGUUCUGUCCUGCAUCUCAACACUGCUGGUCUAUCAUUCACACACGCAGUCCUGUCUCAAAGAGUUAUUAUCCAGAUUGCUGAGCUCAGCAUUUCAUUCUUACGAUGUGGAGAAGAUGAUCACUGCCUUGCUGUUGGCUCGACAGGGGGCGCUGGAGGGUCCUGCUGUGUUCCCCUCCUACAGUGAAUGGUUCAAGAUGUCGUUUGGUGGGGCGAGUGGUUACCAUGGAAACAGUAAGAAGUCACUAGUGUUCCUAUUAAAGUUCCUGUCAGACCUGGUGCCCUUCGACCCCCCACAGUACCUAAAGGUACAUGUGAUGCACCCCCCGUACGUACCAGUGAAACACCGCUCACUACUACAGGAGUUUGUUUCUCUGUGCAGGACUCGCCUCUCUGACCUCAAGGUUUCUGUUGAGCAGAUGGGCCUGUAUGAAGUGGUCUCUGGUGCUGUGACUGAGGUCCAGCCGGAGUGUGUUGCUCAGCAGGAUGUAGAGAAAGCUGUAGCUCUGUUUGAGAGCACCGGCAGGAUCUCAGCCACUGUGAUGGAAGCCAGUAUUUUCAGGCGACCAUACUUCCUGUCCAGGUUCCUUUCAGCUCUGUUGACCCCACGCAUGCUUCCAGAACAACCAGAUGCUCGGAUGGCCUUCAUUGAGUCUUUGAGAAAAGCGGAGAAGAUUCCAGCAGCUCUGUAUUACUCGUACACAGAGGGGUGCAUGAGAGAGCAGCACAGAGCCGGUGUGAGUAGUACACAGGUUCAGGCUCCUCAGGUGGGAGUUCAGUCCGAGCUACAAGAGCUGAAGAGGUUAUUAUCUACAGAAGCUUCUGAGGGAGAGAUCAGAGGUCAGCUCGCCGUUCUCUCUCAGACUCUCAGCAGUGCGUGUGAUCGUCAGGACAGUCAGAGAGAGUGUGACAUUAUAAAUCUGAGCCUGGACCCGCCCACUUCUUCAUACUCCACUCCUUCUGUUGUGAACGUGAUCCUGCAGGGUUUCUGUGAGUGUGUGGUGGCUGCAUGCAGAGUCGCUCCUCCGAACAGGCAGUGUCAGUGGGUUGGUGUGUUUCUGAAGAUGCUGUCAGGACACACACAGCUUUAUACACACAUCCUGCACAGAGUCGUACAGCUACUGCACAUACAGGGACCUUCUCUUUCCGCUCCUCAUGUUCUGGCUCUGGCCGUGUUGGUGGUAGAGCAGCAUGUGUGUAGAGAUCAGCUUCCUCUGGUGGAUCUUCAUCUCGCUCACACACACUCCACCCGUCUGUCUCCAUCUGAAGCUCUGAGUGGAGCUCUACCUUUAUCUACUGCUCCCAGCAUGCACUUCUCCCUCAGGUUCUCUGUGGCGGCGGUGUGUUAUGCAGUGUGUAGAUCCAGUUCAAACCGUAAGGAGCUCACACACUUUGUCCCUCAUCAUCUCUAUAAACAGCUGCUGUUCCUCAUGACCCGGUUGGUUCCAGAGGUGCGUGCAGACGUGUCGGCAGUAGCAGUAAGGGGGAGUGUGUGCAGUGAAGAUGAGAAUGCUGAUGAAGAGCAGUGUGUAUCUGCAUGGUCGAGUGUUACCGUCUCUGAGAGGAGUGUGUGGAGUUCUGUUAAAGCGCUGUGGAUGAACACGUCCAUUAGGAACCUGCAGACCCACCAGCAACACCAGUUGUCCUUCACUGAGUGGUUGAUGAUGGAACUCCAGGUACAGCGCAGUCAUGAUGCUCUCUCUGAUACAGACAGACAGGUGUAUGAGAGGUGGGCGUGUCAGCAGUGGUUUCUUCCAUUGUGUGAGCGUGCAGGAGGGUGUGGAGGAAAUGCUGAAACAGCAUCUACACACAUCAUCAACACUGUACUGAACACACGGUUGGCCUCUGCUCCUCCUCGUACAGACUCAUGUAGUGUAGAUCUUCUGUCUCGACUGCAGGAGGUGCUGUGGGAGGUGCAGUACACUCGGAGGAGAACAGUGAAGGAGGAGGAGAAACACUUCUUCUGGGAUCUGAUACAUCAAAGAUGCUCUAUUGUGUCUGAACCAGGAAACAUCAGCACUGACCUGGAGCUCCAGAGAAUCCUGCACAUCUGUAACAGUAUCAUUCUGGCUGUACCCUCUCCUCUGCUGGUGAAUGUGAGAUGUGCUGGAGGAAGAAGCGCUCUGCGCUGUGAAGCACUUAUGGAGCACAUCAAUACACAUCAGAGGCGAGGAUGUGUUCCUGCUGGUGUUCUUUCCUGCUCCCUCACAACCCACUUCCUUUCAGCAGUCCUCAGUGCAAGUGUGAAUUGUGAAUCUCCUCUUGAAGCUGUUGAUGUCACUCAGAUCAGUCAUGAAUGUCCUCUGCUACUGCUGUCUACUGUGAGGUGGUGGGGGUGUAUAUCUACGGUGGUGACAUCUCUAUGGGAGCGUUUGAUUGGAGGAGAGCAGCCUGCACUAAUACACCUACUGACGGAGUGCAAUGAUUGGGUCUACAGUUCAGUGAGGGGGGUCUCAGCCCGCGUACCCGAGGCUCCUGCUCUGAUGUUGGCCGUGUGUUUACACAGCGCACUUGAGCAGCAGGGUGGCGCCACUCAGCUCAGUAAAGCUAAACGUGCACUCACGGCACAGAAACAAACCGAGGUGCUGGUGUUUCUCCUGUUCUUCUACAUAUCUGACCUCAUUUCAGCUUACCUCACUGCCCAGGCUGAUCUCGGUGUGAAUCGUGCUACAGAUCUCAGCGUGCACCUCAUCACUCUGCUGAUGGACUCCUCUGAUUGGCUGUCACUUUUUCACCAAUCAGGAUGCGGUAUAGAGUUAACAGAAGAGAGAAGCUCCUACCAGCCGAUCGUUUCCAUGGUAACCACAGACGUGAACAUGCGACUGAUGCCAUUUGCUUUCUUCAGUGUGUUGGCAGCUGUAGAUGAGUGUGUGUUGAACAGAGUGAUGGUGACUUCAGGUUUCCUCCUCACAGCUGUGAUGUCAUACAUCUCACUGAUGAAGCUCUUCCUGCACACACACACUGCAGAGAUCAGAUCCAACACACUCCAACAGACUCUGUGUAGAGCUCAGCAGAUCGUACUGAGGAGCAUCAGUGUGAGUCCAUCAAACUCCAUCACACACAAUCAGCUACACCAGAUGGAAGAGGCGUGUCGGGAUGUUGACCCAGAGGUAGCAGCUUCGUUAUCCACCCUGAUGAACCUUGAUGACCUCUGACCUCUGAAGCGUGUAGAGCUGUAGUGAUGAGAGUCUGACAGCAGGAAUGUAAAUGUUUAUUAAUAAUAAAAAUCUGAUCACAUCGA